AUGAGGCUUUCAGUAGCAUUCCAGCUUGCUCUCUUUCUUACUGUCAACCUGAUCACGUUGUUCAACCUCGUCGCCCCCUGCGGCGACUGCUGCCCGAAGCCGCACAAGUGCCACCCCAAGCCGCCUAAGCCCGGGCCGCCGGCGCCAUGGCGGCCGUCGCCGACGCCGGCCCCGCCAGAGCCGCCGGGGCCUCCUGCGGAGGCGAAGUGCCCGAGGGACGCGCUGAAACUGGGGGUGUGCGCCAACGUGCUAAGCGGCCUGCUGAACGUAACGCUGGGCACGCCGCCCAAGGAGCCCUGCUGCCCGUUGCUGCAGGGGCUGGCCGACCUGGAAGCCGCGGUCUGCCUCUGCACCGCCCUCAAGGGCAACAUCCUUGGCCUCAACCUCAACCUCCCCAUCAGCCUCAGCCUCCUCGUCAACUACUGCGGGAAGAAGGUCCCCACCGGCUUCCUCUGCUACUAA